CGAGCGCUGUCGUGCGAUCACUACGGUCGUUUGCCCCCGUCGCGGUUAUUCAUCUCGUUUAAAAAAUCUCUGUGGAUUUAAAACAGUAUUACUUAAAACCAAUUGCGAAUUAUCGCUUAUAUUAACGUGGUAUUGUUACUAGAGUGGUUUCAUCUAAGACUUUGGUCAAAAGUGUUUAUUUAUUUAAAGUUUGAGAAAGUUUUGUGGCAAGUGUUUUUAUCACGUGUAUUUUGUGCAACUACAGGUGUACUGCUUGCCCAAACUACAAUGGGCCUACUCAGGAUGCUACGAGAACCACCAGGAGGGCGUGAUAGUCUUAUCAUGUUCCUCAUGACUUCUUUUAUAUUUUUUAAUCUGGUACUAGCCGAGGACGAGCUAAUGGGACCAGUAUUUGUGAAGGAACCCCCGAACCGUGUGGACUUUUCUAAUGGAACUGGAGCAGAGGUUGAAUGUCAAGCGAGAGGAAAUCCCCAGCCGGAUAUUAUUUGGGUUCGUGGUGAUGGUACUGCUGUUGGAGACGUUCCUGGAUUACGACAGGUGUUACCUAAUGGAAACUUGGUAUUCCCGCCAUUCCGAGCUGAAGAUUAUCGCCAAGAGGUUCAUGCUCAAGUUUAUAGUUGUCUUGCUACUUCACCCGCUGGAUCCGUUCAUAGUCGAGAUGUUAACGUUCGAGCUGUUGUCGCACAAACUUAUCAGCCGGAAAUAAUGACCGAGUACGUCAUUAGAGGAAACAGUGCGAUUCUUAAAUGUAGCAUCCCUAGUUACAUCGCCGAAUUUGUGAGCAUUGAGGCUUGGAUUCGCGAAGACGGAGAAGUUUAUCUUCCUGAACAUCAACAAAAUGCUAAAACUGAUGGUAAAUACUUGGUAUUGCCUUCUGGCGAAUUGCAUAUCCGGGAUGUGGGACCUGAAGACGGUUACAAAACUUAUCAAUGCCGAACUAAACAUCGUCUUACUGGAGAAACCAGAUUGUCAGCUACUAAAGGACGUCUUGUCAUCACCGAGCCAAGCAGUAAUGUAGCCCCUAGAAUAGCAGGGGAACGGUAUGAGGGUGGUAAACUCGUCGACGUACCCAGAUCUGGUAUUGUGGCAUUAGAUUGUGCAGUUCAGGGGUCUCCUGUUCCAGUUACAAGAUGGUACAAAUUUAUCGAUGGUACAACACGUAGACAACCAGUUCAGUUGAAUGAACGAGUACGCCAAGUCAGUGGAACUUUGAUUAUUAGAGAAGCACGUGUUGAAGAUUCUGGCAAAUAUCUCUGCAUUGUGAAUAAUUCCGUUGGUGGGGAAAGCGUCGAGACAGUUCUUACCGUCACUGCACCAUUGGCUGCUGAAAUUGAACCCCGAGUCCAGACUGUCGAUUUUGGCAGACCCGCAACUUUUACUUGCAAUGUACGUGGAAAUCCUAUUAAAACAAUUUCGUGGAUGAAAGAUGGAAAACCUUUUGGUCAUGAAGAUCCCGUGCUCAGAAUUGAAAGCGUUAAGAAGGAAGAUAAGGGAAUGUAUCAAUGCUUUGUUCGGAAUGAUCAAGAAAGUGCUCAAGCGACUGCUGAAUUGAAACUUGGAGGACGAUUUGAACCACCUCAGAUAAAACAGGCCUUCCAAGAAGAAACUCUUCAACCCGGACCCAGCAUGUUUCUCAAGUGCGUUGCAAGCGGAAAUCCAACUCCUGAAAUUACCUGGGAACUUGACGGCAAGCGGUUAUCAAACACAGAAAGACUACAAGUUGGACAAUACGUUAAGGUCAACGGCGACGUUGUAUCUCAUUUGAACAUCUCAAGCAUUCACACAAACGACGGCGGACUUUAUAAAUGUAUUGCAGCAUCAAAGGUUGGAUCAGCAGAACACUCAGCACGUCUUAAUGUCUACGGUCUUCCUUUCAUCCGCCACAUGGACAAGAAAGCAAUCGUCGCGGGAGAAACUCUUCGAGUAACUUGUCCAGUCGCUGGUUAUCCAAUCGAGAGCAUCGUAUGGGAACGAGACACUCGCGUCCUGCCAAUCAACAGAAAACAAAAAGUUUUUCCAAACGGAACACUCAUCAUCGAAAACGUAGAACGACACAGCGAUCAGGCAACUUACACAUGUGUUGCACGCAAUGCUCAAGGAUACAGCGCAAGAGGAACACUCGAAGUUCAAGUCAUGGUGGCUCCACAGAUAGCUCCAUUCUCAUUCGGUGAUGAAGCGGCAAAUGCUGGAGAAAUGGCGACUGUUCAAUGUGCUGUAAUAAAAGGUGACCUACCGAUAGACAUCGUUUGGUCAUUGAAUGGCAUACCAAUUGAAAAUGAUUCUACAAGCCCCGAUAGUAAUCAUCAGCAUCGUGAUAUUGCGGUGAGAAAAAGUGGCAAAAGAGCCAGUACUUUGACUAUUGAAUCAGUGGCAGCGCGUCAUGCUGGAUUAUAUUCUUGCAGUGCGAGCAAUAAAGCUGGAUCAACUUCUCAUUCAGCCGAUUUAUCUGUCAAUGUACCACCCCGUUGGAUCCUUGAGCCAACCGACAAAGCAUUCGCCCAAGGCUCAGAUGCUCGAGUUGAAUGUAAAGCCGACGGGUUCCCUAAGCCUCAAGUUACAUGGAAAAGGGCUGCUGGUGAUACACCCGGUGAUUACACUGACCUGAAACUCAACAAUCCUGAUAUCAGCGUUGAAGACGGCACUCUAUCUAUCAAUAAUAUUCAAAAAACUAAUGAAGGCUACUAUCUUUGUGAAGCUGUCAAUGGAAUCGGUUCAGGAUUAUCUGCAGUCAUUCUUAUUUCUGUCCAAGCACCACCACACUUUGAAAUCAAAUUGCGCAAUCAAACUGCACGUCGAGGUGAACCCGCAGUACUACAGUGUGAAGCACAAGGCGAGAAACCAAUUGGCAUUUUGUGGAACAUGAACAACAAACGACUAGACCCAAAGAGCGACUCUCGUUACACGAUCCGCGAAGAAAUUCUUGCUAACGGUGUCUUGGCAGAUUUGAGUAUCAAAAGAACUGAGAGAUCUGACUCUGCAUUAUUUACAUGUGUUGCUACAAAUGCCUUUGGAAGUGAUGACACCAGUAUCAAUAUGAUCGUUCAAGAGGUUCCUGAGGUUCCGUAUGGUCUUAAAGUAUUAGAUAAAUCAGGACGUUCUGUACAACUUUCCUGGGCAGCUCCGUACGACGGAAACAGUCCCAUCAAACGAUACCUUAUUGAAUAUAAAAUGAGCAAAGGAUCUUGGGAAACUGACAUCGAUCGUGUUAUUGUACCUGCGACUCAGCAAAAUGUUGCUGGUGUUUUUAAUUUGAGACCUGCUACAACUUAUCACCUUCGUAUUGUUGCUGAAAAUGAAAUCGGUAAUUCUGAACCAUCUGAUACUGUAACAAUUAUUACUGCUGAAGAAGCACCAUCUGGCCCACCAAGUUCUGUACGAGUUGAUGCUCUUGAUCAGCACACACUCAAGGUAACAUGGAAACCACCUCCACGUGAAGACUGGAAUGGCGAAAUUCUUGGUUACUAUGUUGGAUACAAGCUCUCAACUUCUGAGAAACCUUACAUGUUUGAAACUGUUGAGUUUUCAAAAGAAGACGGCAAAGAACACCAUUUGCAAAUAAUGAAUCUUAAAACUUAUACUCAGUACAGUGUUGUCGUUCAGGCAUUCAACAAAGUAGGCUCUGGGCCAAUGAGCGAGGAACGCAGACAGCAUACCGCUGAAGGCGUACCAGAACAACCACCUCAUGAUACCACUUGCACCACAUUAACAUCUCAAACUAUUAGAGUUUCUUGGGUAUCACCUCCACUUACGGCUGCCAAUGGCGUUAUCACUGGAUACAAAGUUAUUUACGGCCCAUCUGAAACAUGGUACGACGAGAACACAAAAGACACAAAAAUUACAUCAUCAAGUGAAACAAUUUUACAUGGACUUAAAAAAUACACCAACUACAGCAUGCAAGUUCUUGCAUUCACUUCUGGAGGUGAUGGAGUUAAGUCAGCACCAAUUCAUUGCCAAACAGAACAAGACGCUCCUGAAGCUCCGAUUGCCAUAAAAGCGCUAGUUAUGUCUGCUGAAUCUAUUCUCGUAUCAUGGCGGCCACCAAGUCAACCCAAUGGAGUUAUUUCCCAGUACACUGUUUACACCAAAGCUGAUAAUGUUGAAGAACCAGUCAGUCAAAAAGUACCACCAAAUCAAUUGACUUACGAAGCUAAAGGAUUAGACAAGCAACGGCGCUACGAUUUCUGGGUUGCUGCUAGUACUAAUAUCGGUGAAGGAGAAGCCUCAAAAAUUGUUUCGUUGGCACCAAACAUUCGAGUUCCAGCAAAGAUCGCAUCAUUUGACGAUAAAUUUACUGCGACUUACAAAGAAGACGUUAAAUUACCGUGUCUGGCUGUUGGUGUUCCUGCUCCAGAAGUUGUUUGGAAAGUUCGGGAUGCAAAACUUCAGACAAGUGAUCGCCUAAGACAAUUACCAGAAGGAUCUCUAUUUAUUAAGGAAGUUGAUCGUGCUGAUGCUGGAGAGUAUUCUUGUUACGUUGAAAAUUCAUUCGGUCAUGAUACUGUCACUCAUCAAUUAAUUGUUCACGCACCGCCGCAUUCACCACAAGUAACUCUAACUGCUACAACUACAAACUCAUUGACAAUGAAACUACGGCCACAUUCAACAGACAAUGCACCAAUUCACGGAUACACUAUUCACUACAAACCCGAAUUUGGAGAUUGGGAAACAGUUCAAAUAAGCUCGACUGCCCAGAAGUAUACACUCGAGAAUUUAUGGUGCGGAUCACGUUAUCAAAUUUAUGUGACUGCUUACAAUGGCAUUGGAACCGGUGAUCCAUCAGACAUUCUCAAUACUCGUACUAAAGGAUCAAAGCCAAUAAUUCCCGAAGCCUCAAGAUUUAUCGAAGUAUCAACCAACAGUAUAACUCUUCAUUUGAACGCUUGGUCUGACGGUGGUUGUCCCAUGCUGUACUUUGUCGUCGAGCACAAAAAAAAACACCAACAAGAAUGGAAUCAAGUAUCGAAUAAUGUAAAACCUGGGGGUAAUUUUGUUGUUCUUGAUCUUGAUCCAGCAAACUGGUAUCACUUACGUGUAACGGCACAUAACAAUGCUGGAUUUGCUGUUGCUGAAUAUGAAUUUGCAACAUUGACUGUAACUGGGGGUACUAUUGCACCACCGGUAAGAAAUAAUGCUGGGACUGAAAAUACAGACGUACGACAUCUUUUCCCAUGGUUACCAUCUUGGUUGAAUAUCAAUGUCAUGGUACCAGCAGGUGCUACUAUUGUCGUCGUAAUUGUCGGUAUUAUUGUAAUUUGUGUUGCGAUGUCAAGAAGAACUCGAGGUCCCGAGCAAACUCGGCUUCGAGGCAUUCCGUCAGCGGAUGAGAAAUAUUAUGAAGGCCAAUAUGACGUCGUGUACCAACAGACUGGUGUAGUAGGUGCGACAUUAGACAAACGUAGACCAGACCUCCGAGACGAGCUUGGUUAUAUUGCCCCACCAAACCGAAAACUUCCACCGGUACCUGGUUCUAACUACAACACAUGUGAUCGUAUCAAGCGAGGUACAGUGAUAAGUGCAACAGGCUCCUUUAGAAGUCAUUCAACAUGGGAUCCAAGGAGACACAUGUACGAAGAGUUAUCACACUGUGCACCUAACAGAAGGUGUCCGCCACCACCACCACGUAUAGGCAGUACGGAUGCACUUUCCCACAGAGGUAUGGAGGAUGAAAUUUGCCCGUACGCAACAUUCCAUCUGCUUGGAUUCCGCGAGGAAAUGGAUCCCACUAAGGCAAUGCAAUUCCAAACCUUCCCACAUCCUGCCAAUGGACAUUCUGGUACAAUGGGACCACCAGCUGGUCAUCCUACAAACGUUUCUGCACACAGCCGAUCUGGGUCACAAUCAAUGCCACGACAAAAUGGACGUUACUCUCGAGUACCAUCUCAAGGAGGACAGACAGUAUUUUCGCCCGAAUAUGAUGACCCAGCUAAUUGUGCACCUGAAGAAGAUCAAUACGGUUCUCAAUACGGACAAUACGGUGCUCCAUAUGAUCAUUAUGGAUCUCGUGGUUCUGUUGGACGUCGCAGUGUUGGUUCAGCUCGUAAUCUCCCAAUGUCUAACUCUCCCGAGCCACCACCACCACCACCAAGAAAUCACGACCCAAACAACUCAAGUUUCAAUGACAGCAAAGAAAGUAAUGAAAUAAGCGAAGCAGAAUGUGAUCGUGAUCAAUUGCAAAUGAAUCGUAAUUACGGUGUUAAUGCUCGUGGCAAGGAUGGCAUGUCCACUGAAGAGAUGCGCAAACUUAUCGAGAGAAACGAAAUCCCCAGCCGGCAAGCAGCCGCCACCCACGGGAGUCACGGGGGACUCCUCACACCCUACGAUACUGUGGCAGUGUAAUCUGUAAAUGAACAGCAACAAUCAACAUCCCAUUGAUCUUUCAUCGUCUUCAAUUAAUUCAACCAAUCAACAACUCCCUCCCGUUGCCAUAAAUUAAAAAAAAAAAGAACACACACAAAUAAGAAGAAAUGCGUAAUCCAAUAACUAAUUCCACAGCUAAUUGUAGCUUUGGUCCCUUUGCAACGACUUAACAUUUAAAUUAUACCCUAAUACUCUUACUAGAUAGGUUUCGUUAUCAUGUAAAAAUUUAUGUACAACAUUAGUGAUUGGUAUUAACCGCAGUAAACGUGAUUAUGAGUCUUCGUCGGUAAACAUAUGACAAAAAAUUUGAUUGUAAUAAAUGAUAGCUUGUCAUUAAAAACGAAUAAAAAGAACACGGGAGGAAUUGAAGAUAAUGAAGAAAUGAAAGAAUUGAAUAAAAUAUUAAUUUUAAAAAGGUAGACUCGUGGUCAUGUUGAAAACUAAAUGACCGAGCUUUUUUGUGAGAUAAUAAAUUGUUUUAUUAUUUCCGUCAAGAUAAAAAAAAUAAUAAAGCUCAAUAAAUGUUGAUUGACAUACAAGUUAAAUAUCAGGAUUUAAUUACUAUGAUAUUAUAAAAACUUUAUAGUUAUUUUAUGUUUAAAUUUUAUAAUUUUAAUUAUACAAACAGUGAUGAUUAAUUGCUCGUUCAUUGAGUCAUGGUUGUGCCACACUGCCGCUCCCUGCAGGCAAAAGUAAAAAAAAUGUAUUAUGUUUUUUUUUCUUCUUAUACUUUUUUUUUUAAUUUUACUAUUGUUAUUAUUUCCGUAACGAAGGUUGUGUCCCCCAAGGAUUGACGUAGACAUUAAUAGAGUUGCGUCUGUAAGAAGUUAACAAAAAUCAACGCGGGCGCCCCAUAAAAUGAUAACGAUAAUUUUUAAUAUAAAUUUAAGUAAACUUUUUAUUAAAAACUGCUUAUUAUCGUCGUCUUACCGCACAUGUUCUUCCGUUGCAUAAAAUAUCGUGCAUAUUAUUUUAAAAAUUACAAACAAUUAUAUAAAUUUUAAGCAGGGAGAAUUAUUUUAUUUCUAUAUCGAAUGGAUCUGGUGUUAUUAACAUUUUAUGAAUAUAUAUAUUUACGUAUUUAAUAUUAAACUACAUAUAUAUGAUAUAUACUAUACGUACUAUUUCAAUAUAAAACAUAAAUAUGCAAUGUGACGACGAUGUAUUAGAAUUAAGGGCGCAAGCGGUUGAACGCAUAUACACUGAUAUUAAUAUAUAUGUAUUUAUAUAUUAAUUCAAUGUAUGUUGAUAGACAGAAAUAGAAUCCAAUCAUGAGGACAGAUAGUCGCGAGAGCAAGUACUAUUUUACUUUUAAUUAAAAAACCGUACGGCUAAGAAAUUAUUAAAAUUUAAUUGUAUUAUCAAAUAAUUUAUUAAGAAUUUUUAAGAUAAAUACAAUUAUUAAAAAAAUUAAAUUAAUUGGAAUAAAUAUAAUCAGUCGAAUCUCAUUAACUCGGACAGUUAAUCAACAAAGGAGUGGAAAUGUCGACUUAUCAAAUGCCCCUUCUCCUGUAAAGAGUAAACUACGCGCAUGCGCACUUACGUCUACAGAACAGAAGUUCGUAGUGGGAGUAAAGAUUGAGGGGAAGUUUCGGGUUAAUGUAAUCUGACUUAAUGGAAUUGGAUUAUGAAUGUUUUUAAAAAGCCGUGUAAGGAUCGUGUAUAAUAGUUCUUCUCUCAUAAUUCCUUUUAAACAAGAUAAUUUUUCUUAGAAUAACUAAGUCGUACAGUAGAAGUAGAUUGCAUUUUUUUUCUUACGCCGAAAGUGAGUCGACCGGGAAAACUGCUGAUGCAGAUGAUGCCGUUAGACGAAUGCAGAGAAAUGAGGAAUGAAAUGAUAAAUCAUAUUUUUUUUUUAAUUAUUUUCAAUCAUUAGAAAAAAUAAUAAAAAAUAAUAAUAAAAUUCCUUAUUUCUCAAUUCGGUCUUGUCGUACUCUACUCAUCAAUGUGAUUUUAACGCUAUGCAAAUUUUUUUUCCUCGUGUAUGUGUUACGAUCGUAUAUCUCAGAUAUUAGCUAUGUCUUUAUAUUAUAAAAAUGAUAAUAAUAUUAAUGAUAACAAUAAUAAUAACAAUAAUUAUUAUAAUUAUGACACCAUUAUAAAACUAUUGUAAUAAUAUUAAUAAUACUAAAUAUUUAAAUAUUAUAUUAUAUAAUUAAAAAACAAAAAAAAAAAAAAACAAAUAUGUAAUAGGUAUUACAACUUAAUCACGUGCGAUGCUUGGAAAGCUUUUCACUCGUUGUUAUUAUUAUGUUCUUGUGUUAUCGUUCGUUCCAUAUAAAUAAUCAUAAAUCGCGAGUUAUAUAAUUAAACAAUAUAUAAUAUAA